UUGCCCUCCGGCCGCCGCCCGGGCUGCGGGGCCACUCGCUGCGGCGCCGAGCGGGGACGAUGCUGGCGGCGGCGGCGCUGUGCGCGGCAGCGCUGGGAUGGGCGGCGGGAGAGCGGCUGCGGGGCGGACAGACACUUUGCCGCGGUGGAACACAGCGGCCGUGCUACAAAAUAGUUUAUUUUCACGACGCUUCGCGCAGGAUCAGCUAUGAAGAAGCCCACGUUGCCUGCAGAGCUGAUGGAGGACACCUCGUCAGCAUUGAGACAGAAGCAGAGCAAAGACUGAUUGAGAAGUUCAUUAAGAGUCUCUUAGCUUCUGAUGGGGAUUUUUGGAUAGGGCUUAGGAGGAAAAAGAAGGAGGUAGACAACAGUACUGAGUGUCAGAACCUCUAUUCCUGGUCAGAUGGCAGCUCAUCCAGGUUCCGGAACUGGUACGUAGAUGAGCCGUCCUGUGGGAGUGAGAUGUGCGUUGUGAUGUACCACCAGCCAUCUGCCCCGCCAGGUGUCGGAGGUUCUUACAUGUUUCAAUGGAACGACGACAGAUGCAAUAUGAAAAAUAACUUCAUUUGCAAAUAUUCUCUUGAGAAGCCAACGACUGCUCCGAUAGAGAAUUCGCACAGAGGUAUUGCAACAGAGCCCUUGAACCCCAUAUUCCCAGAAGGACGCCAAAAGAAAGCUGCUAAUGUAACAGUUGUGGGAGCCAAAGAACCUAUGCAGAGCCUCGCCUACGUCCUUAUUCCCAGCGUUCCUGUCCUGCUUCUCUUGCUGGUCGUUAUAGCCAUCUUCUGGUUUUGGCUUUUGCUGAAGAGGAGACAGGAGCGAGUGGAUGCAAGCCCGAAGGAGGAAGACGCAUGGCUGUCUGACCCCAGGAGGAACAGUCCCAAUCUGGAUAUUUACAGAGUGAUCAAGAAGCAAUCGGAAGCCGAUCUGGCUGGAACCAGGCCCGACACUAAGAAUUCUUCCUUCCGCACUCAGGAAGAAAAGGUGCUCGACAGCCUCUCCAGGGAUUACGAAGAUGCGGCAAUGAACACAUCAACGAGUGGCUUUGUGACGUUGGCCAGUACUGAAAGUGGCUUUGUGACCAAUGAUAUCUAUGAGCUGUGUGGUGAUCGUGUGGGGAGGAGCAAGGAAUCGACCUGGGUGGAGAACGAGAUUUACGGAUAUUAAGGAAAUGGACAAAAAAAAGCCUGGAAUAUGGAUGACGCAGUGAUUAUCUGGACAAGUUAACCUGACCUCCCUAUGCACUUGUUUUAGUAAUAGCAUAUAUGAUAUUUAUCUUGGGUUUGCAUUGUCCCUAUAUUCUUUUUUGAAAGAAUAUAGAUUUUUAAAAAUCCAAACUGAACGGAAUGGGUAUAUUUUGCUUUGCAUUGAGCCCCCUUUUGCCUCAGGAAUCAUUUGUUAUUACUCUCAAUUAUUUUCUGUACUCCAAAGACAUGCCUUUGUAACUAGAGGACAAUCCAGAAUCUCUAUUUAUUUAACUGACUUUCUCAUCUUCAAAGGCAUUAAAAGUCAACCCCUGGUCACGCUUGGGGGUCUCCAAGAAUGCUGCUGUGGUUGCAGGUUGGUCAUCGUUCCCGUGUCAGCCCCCAUCCCAGCUGCGAUGGCCUCACGCUCUGCCUGUGGCACCGAGGGACACCACACAAGGAGAGCGAUCUGAAACACUAAGUGUUUCAGAUCAUUAUCUCCGUUAUUGGCAGCACAUUUAAUAAAGGUAAGGACCUAGGAGAAAAUCAGGAGUAUGCAUUUGCCAUGGAAGUGAAGGCCAGGUUCGAAGAGGUGUUGAGCAACCUGAUCCAGUGGGAGGUGUCCCUGCCCAUGGCAGGGGUGGAACUGGAUGAUCUUCAAGGUCCCUUCCAACACAAACCAUUCUAUGAGUCUAUGAAAUGCCUGCACAAGCGACUUCAGACUGGAGCUCUGUCCUCUGUAAGGAAGGAAAGGAGCUGGAGCAGGCCAAGUGGGUGUUCCGAGAGUCACGCUGAGUUUAAUUCCUCUUUAUUGAACAGAGAAUGUUUGGUUAUGUUACCCAACUGCACAUAAAUGUGAGAUUUCUGGUGCAGAAUGUUAAAAAUGUCUGUGAUGAACUAUUCCAAAAUUAAAUGAGUUUAACUUGGUGAUUGGUACGUUUUAAGGCCUUUGGAAGCAUACUGCAAUGGGCUUCUAUCACAACAAUAAGGAAUAUAUAUUGGAAAAGAGAGAAGGCUGGUACCGGGCAGCAAUUCUGAAGCAUGUCCGGACUAAGAAAAUACGUAUAAAAAUCUAAUUAAAGAUACAGUUUGGUUGAACAGUUCUGGUACCUGGCCCCGGGUAUAGCAAGUUAUCUUUUCUUCUGAUCACCUCCACAAGCCAAAUAAAGAUGAUAAAUGCCUGUUUGUCUAUCUGUCUACGUAUAAAACCCUCACAACACUCCAAGUUUUUCCAUUCUGUAUCGGUUGCAGUUAUAUCAACGUUUCCACAAAGCCUUUGUCCAUAGAUCUCAGUCGAGCACAGCCCUUCUGAACCAGGAACGCUUACUGUGAUCAGACAAGAACUACGAUUUGAACAGCCAAGGGAAAAUUUUAAGCUCAGUAUCCCUGUUGAGCCCCGAAAUCCUUAGUUCAGAUUUACUUAGUGGACUCUAAAGCGAUCGUGAAGAUUACCGUGUAACUCCAUCAUUUUUCAGCCAACACCCCGUUU